GUGGGAAUCUGGGUGGGGAAUCUGGGUGGGGAAUCUGGGUGGGGAAUCUGGGUGGGGAAUCUGGGUCUUCUCCUCUUCAUGCUGCUGUUCUUCAUCUAUGCAGCACUGGGAGUGGAGCUGUUUGGGAAACUGGAGUGUUCCGAGGAGAACCCGUGUGAGGGUCUGAGUCGUCACGCCACGUUCCAGAACUUUGGCAUGGCGUUCCUCACCUUGUUCCGCGUUUCCACCGGUGACAACUGGAAUGGAAUUAUGAAGGACACGCUGCGGGACUGUCGUCCAGAGGACCGUUCCUGUCUGUCCUACCUUCCUCUGGUUUCUCCGGUCUACUUCGUGACCUUCGUCCUGACGGCCCAGUUCGUGCUGGUCAACGUGGUGGUGGCGGUGCUGAUGAAACACCUCGAGGAGAGCAACAAGGAGGCACAGGAGGAGGCAGAGGAGGAGGCCAAGGAGGAGGAGGCGCGUCAGGAGGAGGCCAGGCAACAGGAGGCCAGGCAAGAGGAGGCGCGACAGGAGGCCAUUUGUCCCUUUAGCAACGCCACAGUGUGCGGCGUGGAAUCAUCUGGACAGGUAUGGAGAUGGAUCGCCUGUAGGUGGACCUAACCACAGAUCUAGGGUCAGA